AUGACAUGCCCAUUUGCCAAGUUGGCUGGCAUCCUUCCCAUCGCGCCUUCCUCCAAGUCACACGCUUUCCACGCCGCACACAGCCUUCACACUACCAACAUCAGCACCUCCUCCUUUGACUUCACACCCACCCUCUCGGAAGCGCUCCGUGUGGGAACGUCGGCCUCGCACCGUGCGGUGGAGAAAUCCCGCGGCGUAUCUCUCCUCCUUCAAUCGGUCCCCUCCUCCUCGGCCAGCACGUCGGAACAGUUGAAAUUCGACAGACUCGACUAUGUUCGAUUUCAAAUUAUGCUUGGUUGCGUCUACGUUGUACUGGAAGCAAGCCUCUUCACCGCUAGGGAGGCAAGAUUGAUUGCGCCGCUCUUUCAGGGCAAUCUGAUGCGAAACUUGGCUAGAUCCGCAUCCGUGUGGCGCGACAUCGAGGCGCAUUUGGAGACAAUCGAGCGUCAUACGGGCUCUGAGUUGGUGGACCUAGCCGAACAGGCGAGCGAGGAACGAGCCUUUGCUCCGAGCGAUGCGGGCGAGGAGCAGGACAGGGAGAAUUCAAUUUCUAGGGGAACGCUGUUCGACUUGGUCCACAAAGCCUUUCCUACCGCUAUGCAACUUUGUCCCGAGAACACCUCGACCGUCAGAUUGACGCAAGAUCACAUUGCACUUCUCACGCCAGCCCAAAUUCACUCUACGCUCAAGUAUGUCUCGACUCUCGCUACGCUGUCCGACGACCAAGCGGGUCUGCUGCUUGCUCACGCCUACACACGCUACCUAGGCGACCUUUCUGGUGGACAACACAUUCUGAAAAAAGUGGCCAAACGUUUCCCCAUUCCAUCCGCCUCUUCAUCCACCGACGGUUUCGCAUUCUACGAUUUCCACAACUCAAGCCAGCUAAAACCCGACUUCCGACUGGCCAUGGAAGCGGGCCUCGCUACGUUGCGUGACAAGCAGAUCGUCAUUGAUGGCGUGGUAGCGGAGGCAAACAAAGCGUUUGACCUAAACACGAGCUUGUUCGAGUCGCUGCUGCCGGCAGAUUUGAGGAUGUCUGCGCAGCACGAGCACGAGCUCGAGCUCGAGCUCGAGCCCGAACCCAAGCAAAACGUACCGAGGCCGAGUGCGGUAUUGCUGCACACACAAGUGGCGGGAAAGAACUGGGUGAGAGGCGAGAUGGCGGUUGUGGGCGGCGUGCUCGUCGCCGCUACAGCCGCAGUCGUCGUCGCGUCGAUGCUAGGCGCGCAUUCGCCAGGCGCCGUGGGCGUCCAUGCUUAG